CUUCCAAUCCAUCCAGCAGAGAAACAAUAUCUUUGAGAGUUACUUCGUGUGAGAAAAAUGGCUUACUCCAAGACUUUCCUUCUCGUUGGCCUUCUCUUUGCUGUUGUUCUCAUCCUGUCCUCUGAGGUUUCAGCUCGGGAUCUAGCUGAAACAUCCCAAACUCAAGUGAGCGUGGAGGAUGCGAAGUACGGUGGGUAUGGACACGGGUACGGCCACGGAAAAGGACAUGGGUACCAAAAAGGACAUGGGCAUGGGAAACCUGGUCAUGGGGGACCUGGCCAUCCACCUGGUCAUGGUGGUGCUGGUGAGGCUGUGGAAGAGGGGACUCAGAAUUAGUGUAAUCAAUCCUUAAUUAUGUGGGCUACGCAUGAUUAGGGUGUGUUUUAUGUAAGUUUAUGAAAACGUGUAUGUCAAUAAGGCAUGUGGGCUUAGGGGUACUCUCUGAGACCAGCAUGGCUGUGUUGUAGCUUCUAUGCUUAAUAUAAUGCUUUUUCAUGUGCUAAAAUGGAGUAUGAUGAAUGCAGUCGGGUGAUCUACCCUUUUUUUUU